AUGCCAUCUCACAAAACAGCCGGUGCCCGAUUCAACAUCCUUGCCUUUGGACUAAUAGGUGGGUUUGCGGUUGGCCUAUACCUGCUUAAAGACUACCAACUCAUCAAGAAAUCGCCACCAAACCCGGAGAAUUUCGACGAGAAUGGAAAUUGGAAGCCUAAGAGUUUUAUAAAGGUGCGAGUGAGUGAUAGUAUUGCUCCGAUAGAGCUGAAACCGGAUGUGAAGGAGAGAAUGCUUAAGGAACGGCAGGUGAAGAAAGAUGAGGAGCAGUCCUCGAAGUAA